AUGGGCAAUUCGACUGAGUUGGCCAAGCCGCCCAUGGACGAGGGCCCCAACGGGCAAAAGACAGUCGCGCUGGGACGCGUCGACGCAACUCUGCUCACGCGGGAGAUGCCUGAGCUGCUACGCGACAAGUCGCCGGAGGAGCUGCAGGCCAUGGAGAAGAAGCUCGUGCGCAAGAUCGAUAUCAGACUGCUGCCCAUGCUGAUUCUCAUCUACAUCAUGAACUACCUCGACAGAAACGCCAUCGGUGCUGCUCGGCUGGGCGGUCUCGAGAAGGAGCUCAACAUGGGACCGAACCAGUUCCAGGUCUGCGUCUCCAUUCUGUUCGUCGGCUACAUCCUGAUGCAGGUUCCCUCGAACCUGUUCCUCAACAAGAUCGGCCGUCCGUCCAUCUACCUGCCGGUCUGCAUGGCCAUCUGGGGCGUCCUCUGCGCCUGCAGCGGCGUGGCCCAGAGCUACGCCGGCCUCGUCGCCACCCGCUUUCUCCUCGGCUUCGUCGAGGCCGCAUACUACCCCGGCUCCCUCGCGACCCUCAGCGCUUGGUACGUCCGCAAGGAGCUCGGAGUCCGCACCGGUAUCUUCUACUGCGGCUCUAUGCUUUCCGGUGCCUUCUCGGGCCUCAUCGCCGCCGGCAUCACCAGCAACAUGGACGGCGUCCGAGGCCUCCUCGCCUGGCGCUGGGUCUUCAUCAUCGAGGGCGCCAUCACCGUCGCCAUCGCCCUCAGCGCACUCUUUGUCCUGCCCGACUUCCCCGCCAACGACAAGUGGCUCACCGAGGAGGAGCGCCAGCUCGCCAUGUGGCGCCUCGAGGUCGAUGCUGCCGGCGAAGAGGACUGGGUCUCCUCGUCGACCCAGCCUCUCCUCGCCGGCUUCAAGAUGAUCAUGAAGGACCCCAUCAACUGGAUCCUCGUCGUCGUCGUGUACGGCGCCGCGAGCGCCAUCGCCAUCAACAGCUUCUUCCCCACCGUCGUCGCCACCCUCGGCAAGGGCCGCACCGAGACCCUCCUGCUCACCGCGCCGCCCUACCUGCUCGCCUGCAUCGUCUGCGCCCUCGUCUCGUGGAACGCCGACCGCACGGGCGAGCGGUACUGGCACACCGUCGGGCCCCUGUCGUGCUCCCUCGCCGGCUUCAUCAUCGCCGCCGCCGCCACCAACACCGCCGCGCGGUACUUUGGCGCCAUGAUCAUGCUCCCCGGCAUCUACACCGGCUUCAACAUGACCAUGGUCUGGACCGCCAACACCAUGCACCGCCCGCCCGCGAAGCGCGCCGCCGCCGUGGCCUUCAACAACGCCUUCUCCACCAUCUGCUCCAUCUACGGCUCCUUCCUGUACCCCAACAACGCCGCCCCUCGCUUCGUGCUGGCCUUCAGCGUCAACGCCGCCAUGGCCCUCAUGGCCAUCCUGGCCAGCACCCUCCUGCACUUUGUGCUCAAGCGCGAGAACCGCAAGUUGGAGCUGGCCGAGCAGGAGGCCGAGGCCGCGGGCCGUCCGGAUGCCGCCAACAAGGGCUUCCGGUACCUUACCUAA